AUAUCAAGUGCUACCAUGUAUCGCGGAGCUCUAAACUUGGCCAAGAGGCUCGAGCUCAAGUCCAGCCAAAUCUCAAAAAUACUCAACCCACCAUCCCUCCAAUCGCUCAGCCGUUGGAUCAACAUGGGUUCUAUCAACUGCAAGGAAUACAAAACCACGGGCAGUACGCCCAAAAAAACACAAUCUCAAGGUGGUACCGUCGGUUCUUACCAGUCCAAGUGCAACAACAAUCCCACAAUGGCCGCCACCAUGUCCAUGUCCACCACCACCAGCGAUGCCGUCGAGUACACGGAAGCCAUUGCGGUGGAAUGCAAGAUCACCGACCUGAAGGACAACGAGAUGCGGCAGGUGGACUUCGACGAGGACAACCGCGUCCUCCUCGUCAAGCAGAACGGUCGCCUGCAGGCUGUGGGCGCCAAGUGCACCCACUAUGGUGCUCCCCUCAACACCGGAGCCCUGGGAUUGGGUCGUGUUCGCUGUCCGUGGCAUGGUGCCUGCUUCAAUCUGGAGACGGGGGAUAUUGAGGACUUCCCUGGACUGGACUCGCUGCCCUGCUACCGUGUGGAACUGGGCGACGAGGGUCAGGUGAUGUUGCGCGCCAAGAAAUCCGACCUGGCCAAGAGCAAGCGCCUCAAGAACAUGGUACGCCGCAGGCCGGAGGACGAACGGGUUUUCAUCGUUGUUGGCGGCGGUCCGUCCGGAGCUGUGGCCGUGGAAACCAUCCGUCAGGAGGGCUUCACCGGACGACUGGUGUUCAUCUGCAAGGAGGACUAUCUGCCCUACGAUCGGGUCAAGAUCUCCAAGGCCAUGAUGCUGGACAUCGAUCAGCUGCGCUUCAGGGACGAGCAGUUCUACAAGGAUCACGACAUCGAAGUGUGGCUGGGAGUGGCUGCCGAAAAACUGGAUACGGCCCAAAAGGAGCUGCACUGCAGCAACGGCUAUGUGGUGAAGUACGACAAGAUCUACCUGGCCACCGGAUGCACGCCCUACCGCCCGCCCAUCCCCGGCGUGGAACUGGAGAACGUGUGCACCGUUCGCGAACUGGCCGACACCAAGGCCAUCUACGAGUUGAUCACUCCCGAGACCCGGGUGGUCUGCCUCGGCUCGAGCUUCAUAGCGAUGGAGGCGGCCGCCGGUCUGGUCUCCAAGGCCGGCAGCGUCAUGUUGGUGGCGAAGGACACUGUGCCGUUCAAGACGUCCUUCGGCCCGGAGAUCGGCGAGCGAGUUCUGAGGCUCUACCAGGACAGCAAUGUGGAUAUGCGCAUGGAGAGCGGCAUCACCGAGAUCAUUGGCAACGAAGCUGGCAAGGUGGUUGAGGUGGAGCUGUUGGACGGCACUCGGGUGCCCUGCGACCUGCUCAUCCUGGGCACAGGCUCCAAGCUCAACACCCAGUACCUGGCCAGGUCUGGCGUGAAAGUCAACAAGAACGGUUCGGUGGACGUCACCGACUUCCUCGAGUCCAACGUUCCGGAUGUCUAUGUGGGCGGCGACAUCGCUAAAGCCCAUAUCCUGGGCCUGGCCCACGAUCGCGUCAAUAUCGGGCAUUACCAGCUGGCCCAGUAUCACGGCCGGGUGGCGGCCAUCAAUAUGUGCGGCGGCGUCAAGAAACUGGAGGCCGUGCCCUUCUUCUUCACGAUGAUCUUCGGCAAGGGCAUCCGGUAUGCCGGCCACGGCACCUACAGCCAGGUCAUCAUCGACGGCGACUUGGAGGACUUCAAGUUUGUGGCCUAUUUCGUUAAUGAUGCGGCCACCGUAACGGCUGUGGCCUCCUGUGGACGGGAUCCGGUUGUAGCCCAGUUCGCGGAGCUUAUCUCGCAGGGCAAGUGCCUGGGACUUGAUCAGAUCAGCGAUCCUGCCACCCGUCAGGAUUGGACCAAGAAGCUUGCCGAGCCACUGCCCCCAGUCCUCUAGAGAACUCCUGAGAUUAAGCCCUAAGAUCUGUUGUUAUUACAUACCAUACAUACAUACAUAUAUAUUUUCAUGCAAUCGUUGAGUAUUCCGUAUACAUAUAUACGUCUAUAUAUAGAUAUAUUUAUGCAAAUGUGUGACAUUAUCGGUGUAUAUUAAAUUUGAAUUGUAAUUGGUGGGUUUAUUUUUUUCCUGCCAGGCAAUCCUGCCAGGUAUUCUAUGUAUUUUUUCAAUUAAAUUGAAUUUCUAAUUUUUA